AACAGACAGAGCACUGCUGGGACGCUGCAGCCCUGUAGGGAAAGACUUCUGCUGCUUCCUAAAGCUGUAGCCCAGCCCUGCCGCUGCUCUGUAGCGUGAAGCCCCGAGGGGUGUUCUAUAUUGUUAGCCUAUGUGAAGUCAGCGUCAUGCAGUGCGUUUUGUUAUUGCUAGGUGAGAGGGGAUGCAUCUUGGUGAGAAGAUGUGUGGUGCUGGAGCUGCCACAAGCGUCCCUUCUGCUUCUAAGAAUAUGUCCAAAGUAGUACGUGAACACUGCUUGCACUUACUCAUUGUAGGUGCUUGGAGGAUCUCAAGUUCUUGCAGAUUUCAGAAUGUCUGGCAGCAACUACGAGGAAAUUCUCAAGUACUGUGAAUAACACGAAACAAUUGGAAUGGGUGGUUUUGCGAAGGUAAAACUUGGACAACAUCUUCUUACUGGUGAAAAAGUUGCAAUAAGAAUUGUGGACAAAGUUGCCUUAGGGGUAAGCCAAAAGGUAUUUUAAUUUGAUAAUAUCAUCUGUUGGAGUUGUGGAGUUCUCAAGAACACAGGGUGGUGGUAUAUGGAAAUGCAACCUACUAGUCCCAUUGUCUUUUGCAAUGCUGUAGAAUUGCAAUAAGUUUAACAGAGCAUUGCAAAUCUUGUUCCUUGCUGUUCAGAGGGCAAUAUUCUCUGGCUGUAAAAUGGAGGAAGUUCAACGUUAUUACAGCAAAUUUAACAAAUUAAAGCACAGGGAAUGGAAAAACGUCCAGUAGGUGCUGUUCAGUGCUUUCUGUGCUCUCAUUGUUACUUAUGUUUCUCAAAUACAUUCCAAAUACAUUUUCAGAUAACUUUACCUUUCUUAUUACAGUAUUGUCCUGAAGGGGAGCUGUUUGAUUGCAUUGUUUCCAAGGACCGCCUUUCAGAAGAGGAAGCUCGAGUAUUUUUUUUGCAGAUAGUUUCAGCAAUUGCUUAUGUUCACAGUCAGGGUUAUGCCCACAGAAACGUCAAACCAGAAAAUCUGCUGAUUGAUGAGGAACGUAAUUUGAAGCUGAUAGACUUUGGACUCUGUGCAAAGCCAAAGGGAGGUGUCAGUUACCGCCUGAACACAUGCUGUGGAAGCCCAGCUUAUGGAGCGCCAGAGCUAAUCCAGGGCAAAGCGUAUAUUGGCUCAGAGGUAGAUAUUUGGAGCAUGGGUGUACUGCUGUAUGCUCUGUUGUUUGGCUUUCUUCCUUUUGAUGAUGACAAUGUGAUGGCGGUCUACAGGAGGAUAACAAGAGGAAAAUACACUGUUCCAAAAUGGCUUUCACCUAGCAGUACACUGCUACUUAACCAACUGCUGCAGGUAGACCCAAAGAAGCGGAUUACAGUUAAACACCUGUUAAGUCACCCUUGGCUCAUGCAAGGUUAUUCUGAUGCUAUUCAGUGGCAAACUGGGACACCUUGAUGAAGACUGUGUAGCAGAGCUUUCUGUGUUUCACAACCAGAGCAGAGAGAAUAUAUCAGCAUUAAUAUCAGAGUGUAAUUAUGACCAGAUGUCAGCAACGUAUCUCUUGCUCCAAUCCAAGAAGGUUCAUGGCAAGCGCAUUCACUUAAGUAUUCCAUCACAAACACGACAUGCCAGUACAACACAAUCAGCAAGCCCAGGGCAUUCAAGGCAUGAUACUCAACUGGGUGAUAUGGAAUUAACACUGUCAACUCCAGUGACAAGAAAAGCGGCAUCUAAGAAGCAUGCAAAGAGAAUGUUGAUGCAGAGUCAGCAUUAAGAAAUGAACUGCCCUUUGCGCUUCCUACUCCAAAGGACACCUUUUCAAAGAGUCAGACUGAGAAGCGAGUACAAGGCAUACCCUUUCAGGCAUGUAUCUUCAAAGGACAAAGAUGCCUGGUGGUCACACAAAAGGAAACAAAGAUCAGUCUACUACAUAAGAAUCUUCUCCACACAGAUGGAAAUGAUUCUAUCAGCUCAAACCUCCAUGGGGCGUGUAUUGAUGAUACUGGUGUUCCCUCUGAAUAUUGGCGCGCCCAUCAUUUAUUUUAUUGAUCUCACUGGGUCUGCGUUUUUUGAGAGCACUUUGGCUGUUAGACCUUCCCCGCACACUGCAGAUCCUCAGGAUCACCAAGGACAAUUAUUCAAUCAAGCUCUCCAAGCUCUUUGCUGUGUUUAUCAGCACGUGGCUCACAGCUGCAGGAUUUAUUCACCUGGUAGAAAACAGUGGAGAUCCUUGGAUCCAGCCUGCAAAUUCCCAGCCCCUCACCUACUUCAACUGCGUGUACCUAGUCAUAGAAUCAUAGAAUUAGCUAGGUUGGAAAAGACCUACAAGAUCAUCCAGUCCAACCAUCCACCUACCACCAAUAACCCCACUAAACCACGUCUU